CCGGAUGGAGAUCGCUGGGUGGCGGCGCGGGAGCCGGCUGACCUGAGCUUUCCGUGUUGCGGCCGCAUAGGUCCGAAGAAUCUGCCACAGCUCCAACAUGGGCGGCAAAAACAAGAAGCACAAAGCGCCGGGAGCCGCAGCGGUGCGGGCCGCCGUGUCUGCUUCCAGAGCCAAAGCUGCUGAGGCCGGAGCUUCUGCGGAAACCCAGAACAAGAAGGCUGUGUCCAGGCCGCCCCCAGCAGCCGCUGCCGGCGCCCGGGAGCCCCGCGUCAAGCAAGGUCCAAAAAUCUAUAGUUUUAAUUCUUCAAAUGAUUCUGGCGGUCCGGCAAAUCUGGAUAAAUCUAUUUUGAAAGUGGUAAUUAAUAACAAAUUAGAGCAAAGAAUUAUUGGAGUGAUCAAUGAACAUAAAAAGCAAAGUAAUGACAAAGGAGUGAUUUCUGGAAGACUUACUGCCAAAAAGUUACAGGAUUUAUAUAUGGCUUUGCAAGCAUUUUCAUUUAAGACAAAGGACAUUGAGGAUGCCAUGACCAAUACACUCUUACAUGGAGGUGAUCUUCAUUCUGCUUUGGACUGGCUCUGUUUGAAUCUUUCAGAUGAUGCACUUCCUGAAGGAUUCAGUCAAGAAUUUGAAGAGCAACAACCUAAAAGUAGACCAAAAUUUCAGUCUCCUCAAAUACAAGCUACUAUUUCACCUCCAUUACAAACUAAAACUAAUAAACGGGAAGAAGACCCUAAGAUCAAGCCAAUAAAGGAAGAAAAAAAUAUGGAGGUAAAUAUGAAAGAGUGGAUUUUACAAUAUGCAGAACAACAAAAUGAAAAAGAAAAAAGUGAGAACUCUAGCAGUUUAGAAGAGGAAGAAAAAUUUGACCCUAAUGAAAGAUACUUGCACCUUGCAGCAAAACUUUCAGAUGCAAAGGAGCAAGCAGCUUCCUUUAAACUAGAAAAAAACAAGCAAGGACAAAAAGAAGCUCAAGAAAAAAUAAGGAAAUUUCAAAGAGAAAUGGAAACUUUAGAAGACCAUCCAAUAUUCAAUCCAGCCAUCAAAAUUUCACAUCAGCAAAAUGAAAAGAAAAAGCCUCCUGUAGUCACAGAAGAAGAAAAUGCUUUGAACUUUAAUUUAUUUGAAAAAUCUGCUGUUAAUGAAGAGCAAAAAGAUAAAAAGAAAGAACCCCAUGAUGUAAGAAAUUUUGACUAUACAACUCGAAGCUGGACUGGAAAAUCUCCCAAACAAUUUCUGAUUGAUUGGGUUAGGAAGAAUCUUCCCAAGAGUCCAAACCCUUCCUUUGAAAAAGUUGCAGUAGGUAGAUACUGGAAAUGUAGGGUAAGAGUAGUCAAGUCUGAAGAUGACGUCCUAGCAGUGUGUCCUACAAUCCUAACAGAGGAUGGCAUGCAAGCUCAGCACCUGGGAGCUACUUUAGCCCUUUAUCGUUUAGUGAAAGGUCAGUGUACAACAGGAGUUUUGUUAAGGAAACUUCAAGAAGAUUGUCUUCUAACUAAUGUGUCUCAUGUUAUUGUAGAUGAGGUUCAUGAAAGAAGUGUCCAGUCAGACUUCCUGCUGAUUAUCUUGAAGGAAAUUUUACAGAAACGUUCUGACCUACACUUGAUUCUAAUGAGUGCCACUGUGGACAGUGAAAAGUUUUCUACAUAUUUUACACACUGUCCUAUUCUCAGAAUUUCAGGAAGAAGUUAUCCUGUUGAGGUUUUUCAUCUUGAAGAUAUAAUCGAAGAAACAGGCUUUGUACUAGAGAAAGACUCAGAAUAUUGUCAGAAAUUUCUAGAGGAAGAAGAAGAGAUUACGAUUAAUGUUACAAGUAAAGCUGGGGGAACCAAAAAACAUCAGGAAUACAUCCCAAUUCAGACUGGAGCAAGUGCCGACUUAAAUCCAUUUUACCAAAAGUAUAGCAGCCGCACUCAGCAUGCCAUUAUGUACAUGACCCCUCAUAAAAUCAACCUGGAUCUUAUUUUGGAACUUCUUAUAUAUUUAGACAAAAGUCCUCAGUUCAGAAAUAUUGAAGGAGCAGUACUGAUCUUCUUACCAGGCCUUGCUCAUAUUCAACAGUUGUAUGAUCUCUUAUCCAAUGACCGAAGAUUUUAUUCUGAACGAUAUAAAGUGAUAGCUCUGCAUUCUAUUCUUUCAACUCAAGAUCAGGCUGCAGCCUUCACACUUCCUCCUCCAGGAAUCAGGAAGAUUGUUUUGGCAACAAAUAUUGCAGAGACAGGGAUCACUAUCCCAGAUGUUGUAUUUGUAAUUGAUACUGGAAGAACAAAAGAAAAUAAGUACCAUGAAAGCAGUCAGAUGAGUUCUUUGGUCGAGACUUUUGUCAGUAAAGCUAGUGCUCUACAGCGCCAGGGGAGAGCUGGGCGGGUCAGAGAUGGCUUCUGCUUCCGAAUGUACACAAGAGAAAGAUUUGAAGGAUUCAUGGACUAUUCUGUGCCUGAAAUUUUGAGGGUACCUCUGGAGGAAUUAUGUCUUCAUAUUAUGAAAUGUAAUCUUGGUUCUCCUGAAGAUUUCCUCUCUAAAGCCUUAGAUCCUCCUCAGCUUCAAGUCAUCAGCAAUGCAAUGAAUUUGCUCCGAAAAAUUGGAGCUUGUGAACUGAAUGAGCCUAAACUGACUCCAUUGGGCCAACACCUUGCAGCUUUACCUGUGAAUGUCAAAAUUGGCAAGAUGCUCAUUUUUGGUGCCAUAUUUGGCUGUCUUGAUCCAGUGGCAACACUUGCAGCAGUUAUGACAGAGAAGUCACCUUUUACUACACCUAUUGGUCGAAAAGAUGAAGCAGAUCUUGCAAAAUCUGCUUUGGCAAUGGCAGAUUCAGAUCACCUGACAAUCUACAAUGCAUAUCUAGGAUGGAAGAAAGCACGACAAGAAGGAGGCUAUCGUUCUGAAAUCACAUAUUGCCGGAGAAAUUUUCUUAACAGAACAUCAUUGUUAACCUUAGAGGAUGUAAAGCAAGAAUUAAUAAAGCUGGUUAAGGCAGCAGGAUUUUCAUCUUCUACAACUUCUACCAGCUGGGAAGGAAGCAAAGCCUCUCAGGCCCUCUCUUUCCAAGAUAUUGCUCUUCUUAAAGCUGUAUUGACUGCUGGACUAUAUGACAAUGUGGGGAAGAUAAUUUGCAUGAAGUCAGUGGAUGUCACAGAAAAAUUGGCCUGCAUUGUGGAGACAGCUCAAGGCAAAGCACAAGUACAUCCUUCCUCAGUGAACCGGGAUUUGCAAACUUACGGAUGGCUCUUAUACCAGGAGAAGAUAAGGUAUGCCAGGGUCUUUUUGCGGGAAACAACCUUAAUUACCCCUUUUCCAGUUUUACUUUUUGGUGGCGACAUAGAAGUUCAACACCGGGAACGUCUUCUGUCUAUUGAUGGUUGGAUCUAUUUUCAGAUACAGAAGGACAGAAGUGCUGCUGGAGACCUAUCUCAAGAUGGCAUUGUCCUUCUGAUGGCCAGAUUCAGCAUCUGGAUGUAG